UUUGGCCGGGCAAGAUCACCAUGAGGUUUCAGAAUUACCUAGGAAUUUUGAUCUUGGCAUUGCUUGCUCCUUCAAAGACAAAAGCAUAUGGAGAUCAAAGUCGUUAUAGAUUGUUUUUACAGUCGGAUCAGGCUUUGCAAACUAUAAGCAGUCAGCUGGUUGCCCAAGCAAUUGAACUGGUAGAUUAUGUAGUAGAAGAUCUCCUCGUCUUGGACUCCCAGAACGCGGUUCUCCUGGGUUAUUUGGAUCGUUUCGAUGCCUUUACAGCCGUAAAUGCUAACUAUACAGAGGAAAAGCUGAAUGCCUUUUAUGACGUGGUAGAGGACUAUCUCGACUCAGAUACCACAGGAGAUCCCCUGAGAACUUCCAGCAUUGAGACCCAGUUGAUUGCCCUUUGCCUGCAGCGCAAUGGAUUCGAUCGAUGGAAGCGAACAGUGCAAACCCGAACUGCCCAACUUCAAAAGUUAAUCUACAGAAAGCUUAAGAAACACCUGGAAUCCAUAGAUAAAGAGGAUCGCUUGGCUGUGGAGCGCAGGUGGAGAAGGAUCCUAACUCGUGGCGGACCCCGAAGAUUGGAGAAGCUUAGGGAGUUCGUCAAAUGGCUGGGCAAUUUCAGAGACUAGCGAGUGACGAUCCCAGGUGAACGACUCUUUAGACGUUAAGAUAGGCCAUUAAGUGAUAAAAUGAGUUUUGUAUAAACAUUGUGUAUGGGUGAGUGAACCAAACCAAAUAUUCGUGGUAUAAUUAUAACCGACCAUGACCUCGAGCUUAGGCAGCAAACUACUUUUGUGCAAAAGUAAAUUAUUUAUGAAAUCUAACCUUUAUCUAAAUCUAAUAGAAAACGGAGAUAAAGAAAUAUAAGAGCACAUUUGCGAGUGAAUUAAAGUAAUUAUAAACAA